AUGGCUACAGAGUAUGCAAGCAAAACCAACGCUAAAACUCCACAUUUCGGCAAAGAUGUUGUGCACCCACCGUCUCGAACGAAGCCCACCACUGGCCCUGACUACUGCCAACUGGCUUCCGAAAAGUUUCAGUCACCUACAGACAUCAUUUCAUCUCGAGCUGCACAACUCAGUUACUUAAUUUUGUGCAAAACUGAUACAUCGACUGCUGAUACUCGCAAGCCAUUAAAACUUCUGCCCUCUCAGAUGGCCCGAGCAAAACUGACCACUUAUCCACAUGAUACCGUGAAGUUGACUUCUUUACCAGCACGAAACACUAACGUGUUAGCUACAGUCAGUACGAGUCCAUUUUGCCGGGCCGACACUAUCGCAAUGGCCACUACCGACCAUUCCAGUGAAUCACAGGCCGGUGUGCGGAAGAGCCAAGUAGAGCUGAAACGAACAUUUAAGGGUUGGAGACCAGUGAAAUGUCCCAAUGCCGGCCUUUGGACGGGAGGAGAGGGCUUGGACAUCGCGAAACAGGUUGGCCCAAAGGUCCAGGCUGGAGUGAAGAUUCUCGAUGUCGCAAGGAGGGAGAACGACAGAAAGGAUGUGUCUCUGCGAUCCUGUGCAAUCACUCGCCGGAAGGAGGAAGCAGGGAAAAAAGGCAUUUGUGAACCGGUAGGUGAUAAAUGUGUCAGGGAACCGGCCAAACUGGAUAUACGUAACUGCUUCAAACCUACACAAACGGUUGAAACUAGUCAUGAGAUGGCCAAUAGCCUCAUACUGGGCCUGAGUUAA